AUGGCGGCGGCUGUAGAGAGAGGAGGCGUCCGGGCCGCUUUCCUGAACCCGAGCAUCGGAGGCAGUGGCGGACCCGCACCGACUAUGCCCCCGGUCGGCGGAGCGCCAGCCGGGGCUGUGGUCGUGGGCUCGGGCUCCGCCAGUAUGCCCGGGUCAAAGCGUCUCCUCAGAUCUAAUGAGUACGUCCUCCCUCCCAGUGGCCUGAUGGAGACAGACCUGGAGCUCACCUUCUCACUGCAGUACCCUCACUUCUUGAAGAGGGAUGCCAACAGGCUGCAGAUCAUGCUGCAGAGACGGAAACGUUACAAGAAUCGGACCAUCCUGGGCUACAAGACCCUGGCUGUCGGAGUCAUCAACAUGGCCGAGGUGAUGCAGCACCCAACAGACGGGGGCCAGAUUCUGGGUCUCCAUAGUAACGUGAAGGAGGCACCUGUGCGCGUGGCGGAGAUCAGCGUGUUCUCUCUGUCCAGCCAGCCCAUCGACCACGAGGACGGGAGCGGACAGGCCGGCCGCAAGAUCAAAACCUCAGACCGCUCCCCAGACAUGGAUAAUGAUUCAGAGGACGAUGACGACAGCUACUCCUCGGAGCAGGAGGCCAGCGAUGACGCAGUUCAUGCCCAGGAUAUCGACGAUGAAGACGACGAGGUCAGGAAGCCCAAAAAACCUCGUAGGAAAAUGAUCAGAACCACCUCCAUCACCAGGCAACCUAAUUUCAAACAGAAAUUUGUGGCUUUGCUGAAGAGGUUUAAAGUUACAGACGAGGUUCUGGACUCUGAUCCGGUGGAUCAGACCCAGGAGGUGGAGGAGGAUCUGGACUUGCUCUAUGACAGUCUUGAGGUGUACAACCAGAGUGACAGUGGGCCAGAGAUGGACGACAACGACAGCGUGCUGAGCACUCCCAAACCCAAACUCAAGCCGUUUUUUGAGGGGAUGUCUCACUCCAGCUCGCAGACUGAGAUCGGAAGCAUUCACAGCCAAAAGAGCCAGCAGAGGGAAUCGGCAUGUCCUAGCGGAGACUUUCUGACUGUGGACAGAUGUAAAGUGCAAGCAGGCCGAUUUCCAGAGGACAGCAACACAGACGCGACUGUUGGGGUUCAGGAGCCAGAGACGGAGAACAGUGGACCGGGGUCGGGGGACGUGAACAGCUGGGAUGUCAACGCUGAACGAGUGACCAGCUCCGUUGGCAAACUCUGCAAAACGGAGUCACAGAAUCACAUGUCUCCCAGUAAAGUGGAGAACAGGCUGCAGAGACGACCUCGCAGCACCUCCAUGAAAGACCGACAAAACUCGAAGGCUCAGAGUGACCGGACCAGCAGCAUGGAGAGCGAGUGCUCCCCGGACUCACGGCUGAUAGCACAGGUUCCCAGGAAGUCUGUGUACGACCAGCUGAACCAGAUCCUCAUCUCGGACGAACGCCUGCCUGAGAGCAUCAUCCUCAUCAGCACGACGGAGUGGCAGGGGCAGUACGUCGCCGACCUGCUCCACGAGCAAGGCCAGCCCAUCGUCUCCACCUGCUCUGCUGCGGACGUUCAGGCUGCCUUCAACACCAUCGUCACUCGCAUCCAGAGAUUCUGUAACUGCAACGCUCAGACGCCGCCGACGAUAAAGGUGGCGGUGGCCGGCGACCAGAGCUACCUCAGCACCGUCCUGAGGUUCUUCGUGGAGCAGCUGGCCAACAAGACGCCUGACUGGCUCAGUUAUAUCCGUUUCCUGGUGAUCCCCAUUGGUUCUCAUCCUCUGGCGAAGUACGUGGCCUCUUUUGACAGCCGCUUCAACAGCAUCUUCAUGGACACGGCAUGGAGGGAGCUGUUCUGCAGGACAGAACGGCCCACAUCAGAUAACAUCGAUGUCUCUGGGCGGAUCGUCCAGUAUCUGUCCGGCGCCAACGUGUCCCACCAGUUCCCCAUCUCUGAAGCCAUGCUCACCUACAAGCAGAAGAGCCCCGACGAAGACUCCUGUCAGAAAUUUGUGCCAUUUAUCGGGGUUGUGAAAGUUGGGAUUGUGGAGCAAAGCCUCUCGACCUCAAUGGAUUCGGAUGAUGCGAUGGGAGGCAACACGAGCAUCCUGUCCUCCCCACCGCCCCCAACGGCUGGUCCGCAUGGGAAAGAGAUCGGCAGCACCCCCCCUCAGUCCCCGUCUGUGUCCACGGCCCUCUCUGGAGCUGGUUCUCCGUGUUCGGGCAGCGAAGUGAUGGGGCUGCAGGUGGACUACUGGACGUGGCAAGGCUCCGAGAAGAAGAAGGAGGGCGAGAAGAGAGACGUCGGGCUGAAGAACACCCUGAAGUGUAACUUCCGCUCGCUGCAGGUCAGCCGCCUGCCCUGCGGAGGGGAGCUCACUCCUCCGCCCAGCAUGGCCAUGACGGUGGUCACCAAGGAGAAGAACAAAAAGGUGAUUUUUCUCAGCAAGAAGCCGAAGGAGAAAGAGCUGGACUCUAAGAGCCAAGUGAUCGACGGGAUCAGCAGGUUGAUCUGCACAGCGAAGCACCAGCACACCAUGCUGAGAGUUACUAUCGAUGGCGUGGAGUGGAACGACGUCAAGUUUUUCCAGCUCGCUGCUCAGUGGCCGACGCACGUGAAGCACUUCCCGGUGGGGAUCUUCGGGUACACGAAGCCCAUGUGACCCCACCCUCCUGACUCUCCGCUGCACUCGUCUCCCCCAGAGACUCCAGAGAAUCGGAAGAAAAGCCGCCCGACCCCGGCAGAACCAGUUUUCCUGUGGAAAUCUUACAGACUCACC